AGGAGAGGUAGAAAGUAGGGCAUCAAUGAAGCAGUAACAAAGUGUACACGAGUCCGAGAUGCGAGGUAGUUUCCUUAGCAAAUCUACAGUGUUGCGGAGGCUUCAUCCUUGCUUGGAGUAACACAUAGUCCUUGAUCAGUACCCACAUCACAUAGCUCAGUGGAGCUAGGUAAAAAUGUCGGUAAGGAAAUAAAGGUGAUUGUGGAUAUGCGUUACCUAAACUGGAUAAAGGAGAAGCGUAUGCUGGCAGCGAUAUCAGGAUGCAGUUAACCGUGAUUGUGUUAAAAUCAUAAGAAACUUGUGGAAAGUGUGAAAAGUGGAACUUGUGAAAAGGUUAAGAAAAAAAUCGAUCUCGUGUGGAAAGAAGAUGGCUCCGAAGAAAUUUAGCAAACGGAAUCACCAGCCCAAAGGCCCAUACUACUUCUUCAUGAUGGAGUUCAAGAAGAAGCAGGAAGGUGCCGGACACGUCUUCCGUCGCGGGAUGCACGAGGUGCAGCAGCGGGCGUCGCCCUACUGGAAUUCAAUGACCAACGAGCAGAAGGAACCCUACCAGAAGAUGGCCCAAGAACACAGGGAGUGGCUGCGUCAGAACAGCGAAAAGUAUACCUCUCAGGGCAUACCGCUGGCAAUGGUAGAAGCAGAGCAGAAGGCCAAACAGGCCAAGGGAGACCUGAUCAAGAACACGGUCAGCGACAUGCUGGACGAGGUCGUGGCCAAUAAUGAACUGGAAAAACUGGAGUUCUACUUCAUCUCGUUUGCCUACUUCUGCGUGACAUCCGGAGGCACCUACAUCCCGGCCGAAAUGGGUUUGGUGCGGUACAGCCUGAAGGACGGCGUCAUGGACAAACUGCACAUGUUCAUCGAUCCGGGAAAGCUUCCCCUGGGCAUGGCAUACGAUGCCAAGCAACACUCGGAGAGUGAUCACCAGCUUCCGAUCCCUCCGGACGCCAAGGGUGAAAAGGACAACGACGAAAUCAUCCUGAAGCUGUUCAGCUUCCUGUCCCAGCAAGAGAAGAUGCCUCCGUUGUUCACCGAGACCAACGACAUCCGGAUGGUGGAGAACAUCCUGAAAGGAAUCCUGAACCAGGGAUCGAUGGACGAGAAUACCCUGCUGGUCUGUCCUCUGUCGGAAUUGUUCUACCAGCUGAAGCGAGCUACCGAAAGUUUCGGAAUGGAUAUCAAGACCUUCCCCUCGGUACACAUCGCCCAGGCCAUCAUCCAGAAGGACGUCUACGAGUACACCAAGGACAUCUCGUGCGAGUUCCACGAGGAUCAGGGCAACGGCAAGUAUUCAAUUCGUUAG